CGAAUGGUCUGAGCAUCUUUUCCCCCCAACCAUCCGCGCGCCUCGUUUCCUUUGUCUUGGUUGCAUUCUGCGAUUCAGCCCCUUGCAUUGCGCGACCAUGGCCGCCCCCGACGUAUCCGACUAUCCGGCGAUCGUGGCGCAAGUCCAGCCCCCUCAUGCCGUCGCCAUCCUCAACGACCGCGUCUACCAGAUUGGCCGGUUGAACAGCGUCGUCGUAGAAUGGCUGAAGGAACGCCGACGAUUGGAAGAGCAGUACUCGGAGGGCUUGAAGAGACUGGCGCGUCGGAAUCUGGAGGGCUUGGAUCUCGGGUAGGUUGCGCCGAAUCGAACGCGACUUUACGACUCCAGAAGCUCAUUCUUUAGCAUCUUUUCCGUUCCCUGGGCCACCCUCACUGGCUCCCUCGA